AAGAACACAUUCUCCAUCAGCUCACAAGUGUUUCCGUGAUUUUUGGUUAUUUAAUUUGUGCCAGGUCUGGUGGUGCUUUCUACUGUAACAAAUAUAAACUAAAUAAUCAUGAGGGGAAAUGUCAGAUCUUUUCCUCCAUUUUUAUGGAUUCCUUUUUGGUUUGGUGUGUGCAUUCCCAGGCAGACAGGUCAAGACCAUGAUUGAGGAUUACCCUGAGAAGGAAAGACCUGAAACCUGUUCUAUCCCAGAUGGCCAAGGAGCAUCAGUCUGGCUCCAGCCCAGAGCCUGUGGGGGGCUGACUCCAGCUCCUUACACACAGGGUCAGGGAUCCCUGCAGGUAGCACCUGCUAAACUGUGGGGAAAUUAUGUAGAGACUUUUUCUGUCCUUUGAGAUGCAAACCUGAAGUGUUCAAAACAAUCUACUCCAAAGGUAAAGGUUUCAGUGAAUGCUUCAGUGUGUUUUGUGAUACCAUUCACAGCUUUGAAGACCUCUGAGUUCAUACCCUCAAAAGCAAGUGCAGCAGUGUUUUUGUUCAGGCUAUUUAGAUCCCAUCAGAGCUCAAAGCUAAGUUAAUGUUUCACUUCAGGCUGCAGUAAAUUAGAUAAAAAAGUAUUUCCUCAUUCCCGGAGUUACCCUUUUACUUUGUCUGCACUGCUCCAUUUGCUGAUACAGGAAAAAAACAUUGCUUAAUCCCUUUUAACAACCGUUGAGAUUAUUUUUAAACACAAAAUAUGUUUCUGUACUGCAUUGUCUUUUGCUGAGGCAUCUUUAAGACUACCAAGCCUCAACCCAUGCUAAGAAAUGAGAGCUGUCUUCCUUCUGGCAAACCUACCAGCACUGUUUGAUAAGUUUAGAAAGAUAAACCCAUGUGAACCUUGGUGAUUUUUCCACCUCAUUUUGUUUCACCCAAAAGCAAGAAAGGCUUGCUCCUUGGACAUUAAUUUUGGAAAUUCUGAAGUGCUCUUUGGGUAAGCUUUUCAAAGAGGUCCUUACCAGUGGAGAUAGCACACACACCUGGCAGCUGACAAACCUGUGCCUGUGCUCUGCCAAGGAGCAGCUCCCACGCCUGCCACGCUGGAGCUCCUGGGGAAGCGCCACGGGACCCGUGAUCACCUGUAACAGCAAAGGACACAAAGGACAAGAGCUUCAGACAAGCAGAGCAAAUACAGAAACAAUCUCAAGACAUGUUCUGCAGAUAUUUUUCCUUCUUCGGUCUCUGUCUUUUCCUUCUAAUCCAAAGGAGCUCUCUGGGUCAUGGAUCCAGCUUGCAUGGCAGGGGCACAACAUCCCUCCCUGGAUUUGAGAACCUCACCAUGGGGUACAACAAAUACCUUCGGCCCUACUUUGGUGGAGAACCUGUACAAAUUGCAAUUAGUCUGGACAUUGCAAGUAUUUCUAGUAUAUCUGAGAGUGACAUGGAUUACACAGCCACCAUCUCCCUACGGCAGCGCUGGACAGACCCUCGGCUGGUCUUCCAUGGCAACAAGAGCUUCACACUGGAUGCUCGCCUGGUGGAGUUGCUCUGGGUGCCAGACACCUACAUUGUGGAGUCAAAAAGGUCCUUCCUGCACGAUGUCACCGUGGGCAACCGCCUCAUCAGGCUGUUCUCUAAUGGCACUGUCUUGUACGCCUUAAGAAUCACUACUACUGUUGCCUGUAACAUGGACCUAUCAAAAUACCCUAUGGACACACAAACAUGCCAACUGCAGCUAGAAAGUUGGGGCUACGAUGAGAACGAUGUCACCUUCACCUGGCUGAAGGGAAACAGCUCCGUGCACGGCAUCGAGAAGCUGUGGCUCUCCCAGUACACAGUGGAGCGCUACCACACCCUGGUCUCCAAGUCACAGCAGGAGACAGGCAGUUACCCACGAUUGAUAUUACAGUUUGAGCUGAAAAGAAACAUCCUUUACUUCAUUUUGGAGACCUAUGUGCCUUCCACUCUGCUUGUCAUGUUGUCCUGGGUUUCUUUUUGGAUCACACUGGACUCAGUGCCUGCAAGAACCUGCAUUGGGGUUACAACAGUGCUUUCUAUGACAACUCUGAUGAUCGGCUCACGAAGUUCACUUUCAAAAACCAACUGUUUCAUUAAGGCCAUUGAUGUUUAUCUUGGCAUCUGCUUCAGCUUCAUCUUUGGCGCCCUUGUGGAAUAUGCAGUGGCUCACUACAGCUCCUCACAGAAGUGUGCAGCUAAAGUACCAGAAGAGGGGACUGCAAAUGAACUGACUGAAGAAAUGGAAGAAGUUAACAUCACCAACAUCCUCAAAAAUUCCAUCACCAGCUAUGAACAGAAAAUCAGCUUCACAAGCAUUGAGAUUUCCAGCGAUAAUGUUAACUGCAGUGACUUGACCAUGAAAAGUCAUGAGAAAAUCAAAUGUGUCUUGAGGAACAAAAUGCACGGGAUCAUUGGUUAUUUCACAAUUCAGAACCCUGGCAAUGUGGACCACUACUCCAAAUUGCUUUUCCCUUUGUUUUUCAUGGUGGUCAAUGUGUUUUAUUGGGCUUAUUAUCUAUAUUUUUAGUAGAAAUUAGUUGAUUCAUUCUCCUACUUCAGCAGGAGAGGAAUUGUGCCAGUGGGCAUCCAGGUACAUAACCUCAGUGAAUUCAAUGUGGACAAAAAGCUUCUUUGUGUUUCCUGAGGUACCCAGCAGAAGUGUGUGAGGUGUGCAUGCAUCAGCAGCACUGACUCUUACAGCAGCUGUUCAACUGAGUGACUGUGCUGGGCUCUUCUGCUCACAGCUGCAUUUCAUUCCACACCUCACCUGGCUGGAGGUGGGUGUGCAGGACUGCACUGGCAGCUACAGAGCACUACAGGUGGCAGAAUUAUUUUGGUAGCUUGGAGCAGGUUGGAACCUUCAAGCUGAGAUAUCUCAGAGGAUGUAUAAGAUCAUGACUGUUAUUCUUUGUUUGCAGAGAGAACAGAGGGACUGUGAUUGCUGCCUCAAUAGCUGCUCUGUUGCAGUGAGAGCCCUGAGGCAGCAGCAGAAGCUCAGUGCAGGGCAGCACAGUAGGGUGCUCCUGUGCAUGGUGCUGCUUUGUCCUGGAUGGUGCAAUGCCAGGAUGGUGAUUCAGAAAUGCACAGUGGUGCCUCACUGCUUUUAGUCUGUAACUCACUGAGAUAACCCUCACUUGCUGAAGUUCUCCAUCCCCAAGACAGAUGGAGGCUUGUUGUUCGUGAAGCUGCAUUUUUUCAGAGAUUUGGGAACAUGAAAUAGAGGCAGCAAAAUAAUUUUGUAACCCAUCUCUUAUACUCUUCCUGCUUUACUGCAUGUGAACAGAUUCUACUGCUUUCCAUGUCUUCCUCACAAAUUAUUUUUUGUCCUGGAGAAUGUUUCCUUCAGUCUUCACUGCUACAAGCAGCUCUCACUCCUUGCCAGCCAUAGGCACAAGUGUCAUUUGUCAUCCCCUCCUUUAUGAGGCUGUGCAGCUGUGGCAAGUCAACGGUGCUGCUGGGUGAAAAACGUGCAUGGGUUGGGGUAGGCUAGUCUAAAUCACCCUUUCACUCUCACACUUUCACUUUUAGGCUGAAACACUGCUACUUUUUUGAGAAAAAUCAUAUUCUAAGUGGGCUCUGGAAACUGCCCGAAGUUAGCUCUGCUUAUCCUGCAAUCAGCAAAAGCCAAAGUUUUCUUUUAAAGAUAAAUGAAAUGUGGCCACACAGUUACAUUAAAGAACCAAAUGCUAUUUGGUACUGUGUAGCUUAAGAAUACUGGAAGUCUUUAUUUGCUGAUUGUAAAAUGAAUGUUUUAUGGGUGCCCUACCCAGCACCCUUUUGGUGUGUGCUGCUUUCAUCACUGAGAGGGGGCAAUCCUGCACUUAUGUAGGCGGAAUCAGAAUUGCCUGCAGUAGCUCCAUCCAGCAGAGUUCUGGCUGGGUGAGGCCUCAGUUUGUAGCUUAUGUUACAGUCUCAGCAUGCAGUGUUUGCUUAGCUUAAGGAUCUCUUCUUGGGGGUUCCUAGAGAAGGUGAACAGAGCACAUGAAAUUAUAGAUUUUUUACUUUAAUAACUUUUUAUUGAACCACUUCACCACACUGUACUUUGAGGAAUCUAACCCACAUAUUCAUAAAUCAUCACUUUUACAAAGAGCAGCACAAGAAGACAGAGGGGAACAGACUGACAAUGGCAAGUGGAUAAACACAAACUCAAUAAUGAAGUGUUGGCUUGUAUAUACUGGCAUUUGAAGUCCAUUCCAUAAAAUGCAAUAAAGUAAAUGUUUGUGAUAUGAACACAAACCCUCAGAGAGAUUCUCUACUAAAAAAAAAAAAUCAUUAUCUCUUCUCUGUAUUGGUUUCUUUCUUUAAAACCCAACUAAAAUGCCCUUAUGUGUUUUACACUAGCCAACAAAUAUUAAUGUUAACAAAAGGAAUUUCUUUGUACAAAGUCCUCCAAGAUGAUCAAGUCCAGCUGCUCCCCCAGCCCUGCUAAGGCCACCACUAAACCCUGUUCCUAUGUGCCACAUCCACACGGCCUUUAAAUCCCUCCAGGGAUGAGCACUCCACCACUGCCCUGGGCAGUCUGUUCCAAUGCCACCACCUUUCCAGUGAAGAAAUUUUCCAGAAUAUCCAACCAGAGCCUGCCCUGGCCCAGCCUGAGGCCGUUCCCUCUGCUCCUGUCCCUGUUCCCUGGAGCACAGCCCGACCACCCCGGCUGUCCCCUCCUGUCAGGAGCUGUGCAGAGCCACAAGGUCCCCCCUGAGCCUCCUUUGCUCCAGGCUGAGCCCCUUCCCAGCUCCCUCAGAUGCUCCUCAUAUGACUUAUGCUACAGACCCUUUCCCAGAAAGGCCUUCUCCAACCUGAACAAUUCCCAGAUUUCAGCAGGUGGCUACCCUCAGGGCUUGCUUUCACUAGCCAGUUUUUUUAAUGACUUUGCUACUUUGAUGUGGCUCAGUUCUGGCACCAGGGGUGAAUCCUAUUUCCCUCAGGAGACAGGAGUAGUUUAUGUGAGAUCCAUGUGCAGCAGAGACAAGGUGAGAGAAUGUUGCUUAUAUCACAGCUUGGUUUCUGGUCGCUUUCCCAGAGGAAGAGCAAGAUAGAAUAUCUCUACAUUCACUGUCACGGAGAAGACUCAGUAUUGCUGUGAGAGAAAGCAGGAGCAUCUGAAGGAGCAUCCCCCAAAUUUUCUCUCUGUGCCUGAUUACCUGGCUGGUUUUAGGGACAGGUAGUUUUGCUAAUGUGACUUUCCAUUAUAAAGUUUCCAUUGCUUUGGAAAAUAUUAACUUUGUUCUGUAUACAGACAGGCCCUACAGUUAUAGCUGUAAUAUCCUAAAGAUUUAGUUCCCAGUAAUAAUAGGGCUAAACCACAGCACCACCAGAGGCAAAAACUACAUUAUUUGAAAUGAAACUUCUCAUAAAUAUCCAGCUAUGAAGUAAUUUUAUAUCAGCUGCUCUUAUAUAAACUGGACAAGGCAAACUGUCCUAUCCAUCAACAUUAAGGUUGCCAAGAAAAAUUACUCUGUAUUCAUUGUCUGCAAGUUUUGGAGAUCUCCCUUUCCAUUAGACUUUCGCAGGAAAUGCUGUGGUUGCCACUCUGAAGAACUUUGCUGGUAGCAGCAUCAGCGUCAACUUUGAGCUUCUGCCUCCUCCUGUUCCUCCUACCUCUGCCUCUGCAGGAGAGGGAGGGAUGGGCACCCACAGCAGCCAAGAUGACACUGCUGCUCAGACUGUCUUCUAAAAUCACCUUGAAACAUUGUUGAAGUCAGAACCAUGUGGCUUCAGGUUUUUCUAUUUUGUUUUC